UGUACAGAUUUAAGGACGGCUCUUGUUUCAUUAGAAAUCUUGAAAAAUUAAUCUUGAAAUGGACUCGACAUUUCAGCUUUAAGAGUAACAUCUAGCGUUUUCGUCCAGGCGCUCCUCGUGGACACGCCUUUAGGGGUCCUCGCGCUGAACUGACAGCUUUGUUUUCAUCAUGGCGGCGUCCAGCAGAACGCAGGUGCUGUCACUCUACAGACUGUUGCUGAAAGAAAGCAAGAAAUUUCCCUCAUACAACUACAGGACAUACGCUCUACGGAGAGUACGAGAUGCAUUUAGGGAAAACCAGACAGUGGAAGAUCCACAAGUGCUGGAGGCGCUGCUAACCAGAGCUCGGGACAGUUUGGCCCUCAUCCAGAGACAGCUAAUAAAAGAACAGUGGGCUUCUUUUCUUUCUGUUUCUGGAUAAUUCACUGUAGUCUCCUGAGAGCUGGAGGAAGAUGGCCACUGUUGCAUCUCCAGAUGCAUGUAGAUGAACACCUGCUCUGUACCCACCUGUCUGUUGGCACAUUGCACGCACCACUAAUGACCACUGAUGCCUCGCUGUCCUGCACUUUGUUACCAUAAUUUCACUCGAAACAUGGGCUGGAUCCCCAGGGGUUAUGAUUCAUUAGUCUGAAU